AUGCCAAAUCUUGAUAUUAGUGAGACGCUGGUUUCACCUGCCACAGAGACUGGGUCUCAUAAUAUCACCCUUAGCGUGGCCGAGUAUUGGAUAGAGGCCACAGAAAGAAUUAUAGAUGACUUGGACUUUACUACUGAGCAAAAGCUUAAGGAGGCUGUUUCUCUACUUCGUGACGAGGCAUACCAGUGGUGGCUAACAGUUAAGAAGGGUGCCCAGCCCGAACUGUUGACUUGGGAGUAUUUUAAGACAAUAUUUCUGAGUAAGUAUGUGAGAGCCAGUUAUAUUGAUGCUAGGAGACGUGAGUUCCUAAAUCUCACCCAAGGUGACCGAUCAGUGGCUGAAUAUGAGGCUGAAUUUCUGAGACUGAGCCGUUAUGCGCAAGGCAUGGUGUUGUCUGAAUAUGAAAGAUGUGUCUGUUUUGAGGACAGCCUUAAGAAUAAUCUGAGGGUGUUGAUAACUCCACAGAGGGAGCGUGAGUUUGCUAUUUUGGUCGAUAAAGUCAAGAUUGCUGAGGAUGUUAAGCGCGUGGAGCAAAAAGGCCAAACUGAUCGGCAAGUGAGAGUUGGUCUUUCUGUUGCACCUACUGGGGUGGCGCUGUGUGGGCACUGUGGUAGACGCCAUUCGGGCGAGUGUUGGAGGGCUAUUGGGGCGUGCUUGAGUAAUGGGUCGACUGAACACCGUGUUCAGGAUUACCCGUUGAGAGCUGAUCAGGUGCAAGUUCUGGGUUCUGGUACUGUACAGCCGCCGAGAGUAGUUCAGUAG